UCCUGACAUUGACCGCAUCACACAGAUAUUGUUUAUGUGCAUGUUGAAUAUCAUUGCACAGUUACAUGUUUCGCAUUUGAAUUUUAAUAAUACCUUUAAAAAUCUUGUACAGUUCUUUAGUAAAAAUCUUCAACGAAGCGAGUCAAAAUUCCUUAAACUAAUCGAAUGCAUAGAAUCUAAAACAUUUCUAUCACAGUGUAAUGUAUUGAUUAAAUUAGUAGAAGUUGCUGGCCGUCACGAUCAUUUCAUGAAGAAUCGUAUGGCAAUAUUUUUCAUGCCUAAACAAAAUAUAAAUUAUUACCAAGCCAUAAUAAAUGCCGUAAUUCAAAAUUUGGAAGUAGAUUUUAUAACAUUGAUGAACGAAGCUACAUUAAAUUGCCGUAAUAGUUGCAAGUUUAAAGAUCCACAUGCUAUUUUUUUGAAAAAUGCAAAGUGCGCCAUUAAAAAUUCGCCAAUACUUUUAAGUACAAACAGAAACGGGGAUCAACAUGGAACAAUAACCACAUCUACCAACGCAAAUAACAAACCUACAAAUCAUAGAAGAUUGAUCGGGAAUAGUACUUCAGAAACGACUACUAAUACAAAUUUGGAAAUUAACUUAGGAAGCAGUAUUUCAAAUACUACUAGAAAUGCAUCUGAAUCAAUAGUUCCUUGUACUUCUAGUACAUCAAUGUACCGUGUAAAAGCACCUGAAAGGGCUACUACUAGUUAUUCUCCAGCACAAGUGGAUAAUAACAAAAAUACUAUUCCAGUGUAUCCUGAUCUAAAACCUAAUAAUACAACAGUUUUUUUAAAAAACACAAAGCAGCAACCACAAUUAAAUAUAAAUAUAACAAAUAAUACAUAUAAUACCAAUGUAACAAUGCCCAGCAAUGAGCAACCUCGGGUUGUAAGCAUUAUCUCUUUUUGUGAAGCAAAUGAUUGUUACAAUAUAGGAACAAUAGUAUGCCAAUUUUGUUAUUUAACAAUAUACUGUAGCAAAGAAUGUCGGCGGAGACAUCGAGAAUUUGGGAGCCAUAAAUGUAAUAAAGCUAAUAAACCCAUUUAAACUCUAUACAGUAAAAAGAACUUGUGCUCAUACUCAAAUCGGAACAAAUUUCAAUUUAUUUUAUGUUCGCUGCUCAAAGAUGUUACAAUACAUUUUAUUCAAGUACCUAUUCAAUUCCAGACUGAAACCAAACUUGAUAAUAUGAACUAAUACGAUUGAGUAUUAUACGAAAAAAUAUGUCUACAAUUCAAUAAAUAGCAACUAAUAGAGUUGUGUGACAUGGGAUGGA